AUGGUGGUUGAUGGUUCUGUUGGUAGUUACUUCAAUGAAGGAGAUGAAGAUAUUGUUAUUUAUGAAGCUACAGGGUGUGCUGUUGUGGUUAUGGAUUCUUCCAAUGCAUCCAAUUCGAACACCUCAAACACUGCAUGUGGAUCAAUGCUGCCUCAAUCCUCUACUCAGACUCAAAAUAAAGAUCCAGCAUGGAAAUGGGCUAAAUGUAAAGACCCUGCAUUUUCGAAGAAACUAAGUUGUGUACUUUGUAACAAAGAAAUGCGUGGUGGUGGAAUUACUAGGCUUAAGGAGCAUAUCACACAAAUCAGGGGGAAUGUUUCUUCAUGUUUGAAAGCAUCAGCUGAAGUUAUAAAUGAAAUUAGACUAGCUGACAAUAUAAAGAAGUUAAAGAAAUCUCACAGGGAUGAUGUUGAUGCUAUGUAUCGGCGUACAAAAUCUGAUGAGAAGUCUGAUGCUGAUACUGAUAAUGAGGACCUUGAUGUGCAAGAAGUUGAAAAGGUUUCCAAUGUGGGCACUGCUAGUGGUAGUCAAGAAGUUGUUCAGAGUCAGAGGAAGAGAAAAUUCAAGAGACAGAGUAAUUAUAGGGGUCCAAUAGAUUUACUCAUGCAGACAGACCACCAUAAAACUCAGCAAGCCACUCUUGAAAGAAACAGUUCAGUGAAAGAGAAGUUACUGAAAGAUGCAUGGAAAAGCAUUUCAGCUUGGAUGACUGAGAAUUCCAUAUCUUUUAAUACUGUUCGUUGUCCAAGUUUCCAAGAAAUGAUAUAUGCAAUUGGUGAAUAUGGGAAAGCUAUGCCCGCGCCAUCUUACCAUCAGAUUCGUACAAAUCUUUUCAAGGAGCAGUUAGAAGAAAUGAAGAAGUUUGUUGAUACAUUUAGGAUACAUUGGAAGAGGUAUGGAUGUUCUAUUAUGUCCGAUGGUUGGACAGAUGGGAAAAAACGACAUCUUAUCAACUUCUUGGUGAAUUGUCCGAAAGGGUCAGUUUUCUUGAAGUCUGUGGACGCGUCAGAUAGAACCAAUGAUGCUGAUUUCAUACGUGAGCUUGUAAAGGAGGUAAUUAAUGAUGUUGGGAAAGAAAAUGUGGUUCAGUUCAUUACCGAUAAUGGUUCAAACUUUAAAAAGGCUGGGAAGGAUUUAAUGCUUGAAUACCCAAAUCUAUUUUGGACUCCUUGUGGUGCUCAUUGUGUCCAGUUGAUGCUAGAAGAACUUGGUGACAAGCUUACACGAAUCAGGACAGCCGUCAUUCUAGGUAAAAGACUUGUUACAUACAUUUAUGCUCAUUUUCAAGUGUUGUGCUUGAUGAGGAAGAUGACAGGUGGAGAGUUACAUAGGUCUACAAAGACUAGAUUUGCAACUCAGUAUUACACACUAGAAAGUCUUCAAAAGUAUAAAAAUCCUUUACAAAUGAUGUUUGUGAAUGAUAGGUGGGCAAAAAGUAGAUUUGCAAAAGAAAAUGUUGGAAUUAAUGCACUUAAAAUUGUUACAAGUAGUACAUUUUGGGAAGAUGUUGAUUACUCUUGUAGUGUGUUGAAGCCUUUAGUUAAGGUUGUAAGGCUAGUGGAUAUCGAGCGCAAACCUACGAUGCCUUGUUUUUAUGAUGCAAUGAGAAUAGCAAGGGAUCAAUUAGAGAAGAAUUUCAGCGAAGAUUAUGAUACUUGGGCUGUAAUUAAUGCUUGCUUUGAGAAAAGAUGGAAGAAAAACUUCAAUCAUGCUCUACAUUGUGCUGCAUAUUAUUUGAAUCCAUCCAUAUUCUAUAAUAUUGAAACUUAUGAAAUGGAUAGUAAUGAAAAGUACAUAGAAAUCAAAAGGGGACUUCAUACAUCUAUGGAAAGGCUUAUACCCAAUGAAGAUGAGCUUGAUCAAGCAACAAGUGAAUUGCGAAAGUAUGCUGAUGCUGUUGGAAUCUUGGGAAGUCCAUCUUUCAAAAGAAGAAGAACCAAGGAUCAACCUCAUGAUUGGUGGAUUACAUUUGGAGGAAUCGAUGUGCCUAACCUGCAAAAAUUUGCAAUCAGAGUAUUGAGUCUUACUUGUUCUGCUUCCCCAUGUGAUAAUGUAAGUUUCAAUGAUUUGCAAGAGACAGUGGGUGAAGAACGUGAGACAGUUGGUAGUGGAGGUGCUUGUAGUUCUCGAAGCAAGUCUACUUUUCCAACCGACUCGGAGUAUGAUGGAUAUGAUACCGAUGAAUUGAUGUUGGACACUGAAAAAGGGCUACUCGUUGCUGAGAAUGAUGGAGUUACUCAAGAGGAUGAUAUCUAUGAUUAUUCAAAUUAUGUUGAUUAG